UUAGCUGCAAACUCUGACCUUCUCACUGCAGCAGGCAGCAGUACAGAACUGAGAUUAAAAAAGAAAACAAAAAGUUCAAACACAGCUGCCAGGAGACAAAGUGAUCAGAAUUUCAAGUGAAGAAACCAACAAAAAAAAUGCACCCUGCCGAUAAUGGACUUAUUCCAGAAUACAACAGCCUCAGAGACCAGAAUCUUAUGGGUUACUUUAACAAGAAACACAUCCGCAGACAUCUGCAGAAGGCUGGCUUGAUCACCCACGAUGGAAUGAUUGUGCCAGAAAAGGUAUACAGACAGAAUAUGGCAAAACAGCAACACCAGCAACAUGUUCAGAAACUGCUAGCUAAUGCAAUUAGGGAGUAUGCAUACAAGAUGGAGCAUCAUCGUCAGACAGAUAUGAUGAGAAAACUGAAACAAAUGGGAAGGCAGAAAUCAGAUCAGGUGGACUUGGGUGGGUUUUCUGCUGUGCCAAGAAGAAUGAUUCAAAGACAAAGGCCUGAACCUCAAGAGAGAGACAUUAGAUCUCACAGCCCAUCCUUGUAUCAUGAUCCAAUCAGAGAAGGAAAAGUAUAUGAUGAAGAAAGGAUGAUGCAGUACUUGGCAUCAAUGAACAGAAGAACAAUAGAGAAGCUGACUGGAGUCAAGUUUCAGUCGAGUGCCUCUCCGUAUGGUUUGCUUAUCCUCAAUAACUUCCCCAGUAGACAGCCUGCACCACCUAAACGAUGUGUGGAAUCCAAACAAAAUGUCCAUGCCCAUCGAGCCUUGAAGAGAUUGAUGCCUUCUGCAACACCUGCGGCCAUUUCAGCUAAAGCAGACAAGGCAAGCAAAAGAAUGUAA